UCUGAUUAUUUUUUUUGCCUCGCGCACACACACUUUUGGCGUUGCGCUGGGGAGGAGAUUUCUGCCUCGCUCCCUCCUUCCCUUUCCAUCCAUCCGCGCAUUUCUCCUCCGCCUGCGACGCGCGCCAGGCGCAGCCGCCCGACGCAGGCGCUCCGCGGGUCUUCCAGGCGACGGGAAGAACGCCCCCAGGCCGGGGAGAGAGGCAGGGGAGCCGGCAGAGCCAGCCCGUCGAGGCCGGGGUCCGAGACGCCAGCGAGGCAGAACCGGGCGGGGAGGGAUGCGAUGAGCAAGGGAGCCUGAAGGAGCCGAGCCGGGCCGUUCUGCUGGAAAGGAAACGUGGCUCUUUGGGAAAGAUGCUCCUUUAGUUUGCGAGUCCGGAAAGAGGUGGCGGCGUCGGUUUCCCUUCUGCUGGAUGCCAGCUCCGUCGCUGGCGCCCCAUUUCUUCCAGCUGGCAGACGGGGAAGAGAUGCCGGAGGAAGCUUGAAUGGAGCCUGCGCGCAUCCCCGCCGCUCCCUCUCUCCGUGGGAAAGAGCUGGCCGGCUGUGCCAGCCCUCCGGGUCCUUUUGACGGGGCCUGAGCCCAAGACUUGACCCACGCCGGCUUGGAGACACGCCCUUGGGGAAGAUGAGGUGUGCGCACGCUGGACUGUGAAAGACAUCGCUUCACACUGGCCUGAAUAAUUGCUCCGGAAGCUUCCGCGCCUGUGUCCCGCUUUUAAUGGGAGCUGGACCAGUGCUGAGGUAACUUUGUCAGCAGAUCCUCUUCGCAGAUUGACGGUCGACGACAGCGAGCGAGAUGCCUCGGAACAGGGCCUUCUCCGAGCCAGAGUACUCUGCGGAGUACUCAGCCGAUUACUCGGUCAGCUUGCCGUCCGACCCCGAGCAUGGCGUCGGGCGCACCCACGAGGUGACGGUGAGGAACUCUGGCUCCUGCCUCUGCCUGCCGCGAUUCAUGCGCCUGACGUUCGCCCCGGAAUCCCUAGAGAACCUCUACCAGACUUACUUCCGUAGGCAGCGCCACGAGACCCUGCUGGUCUUGGUGGUAUUUGCCGCGCUCUUCGACUGCUACGUUGUCGUCAUGUGCACGGUGGUCUACACCGCCGAGAAGUUGCCCACCACUCUGGCAGCCUCGGUGGGCCUGGCCGCCCAGAUCCUCCUCUUUGUCCUAUGCAAGUACCAGCUCCUCCCGGACCGCGUCACCCGCAAAUUCAUGCCCUACAUCCUGUGGAUCCUCAUAGCCGCCCAGAUAUUCUGCUACCUGGGCCUGAACUAUGCCCGCUACCACGAGGCCAGCGACACAGUGGGCUGGCAGGCCUUCUUUGUCUUCUCCUUCUUCCUCACCCUCCCUCUGCGCCUCACGCCCAUCGUCCUCAUCUCGGCCGUCACCUGCGCCAUCCACACCCUGGUGCUGGGGGUCACCAUAGCGCAGCAGCAGCAGCUGCAGCUGAGUCAAGAAUCCAUCCUGGGAGGGUAUUUGCUGUGGCAGAUCUUGUCCAACGUUGCCAUCUACCUGUGUACCAUCUCCGUGGGCAUUAUGUCGUACUACAUGGCCGAUCGCAAGCACCGCAAAGCCUUCCUGGAAGCCCGUCAGUCUCUGGAGGUCAAGCUCAACCUUGAGGAGCAAAGCCAGCAGCAGGAAGGCCUGAUGCUGUCGAUUUUGCCCAGGCACGUAGCUGACGAGAUGCUCAAGGAUAUGAAGAAGGAUGCCAGCCAGAAGGAGAUGCAGCAGUUUAACACCAUGUACAUGUACCGCCAUGAGAAUGUCAGCAUCCUCUUUGCGGACAUCGUGGGUUUCACGCAGCUCUCGUCCUCCUGCAGCGCCCAGGAAUUGGUGAAGCUUCUGAACGAGCUCUUCGCUCGCUUCGACAAAUUAGCAGCGAAAUACCACCAGCUGCGUAUCAAGAUCCUGGGAGACUGCUACUACUGCAUCUGCGGCCUGCCUGAUUACCGGGAGGACCACGCCGUCUGUUCUAUCUUGAUGGGCCUUGCUAUGGUGGAGGCGAUUUCCUACGUCCGAGAGAAGACCAAAACAGACGUGGACAUGCGCGUGGGGGUCCACAGUGGCACCGUCCUGGGCGGGGUCCUCGGCCAGAAACGCUGGCAGUACGAUGUGUGGUCCACAGACGUGACGGUGGCAAAUAAGAUGGAGGCCGGCGGCAUCCCAGGGCGUGUGCACAUUUCUCAGAGCACCAUGGACUGCCUGAAGGGGGAGUUUGAGGUGGAGCCGGGAGACGGCGGGGCCCGCUGCGAAUACCUGAAGGAGAAGGGGAUCGUCACCUACCUCAUAGUGGUGACCAACAAGCCGCUCAAGAACGGGAUCAACGGCGUGAAGCUGUCCGUCUCUUCCUCGCACGGCGAGUCGCCACAGCUGAUCAACACCAAGGAGUGCAACGGGAGCAUCAACACCACUUGCACGACCCCCGACGAGGCCGAGGAGUCGGACACCAGGGUGGUGAAUCCCUCCUUCCCUAACCCGCGGCGGCGCCUGCGCUUGCGUGACCUGGCCGAGAGGGUGGUGGACGCCUCGGAGAACGAACAGGAGCUCAACAAGCUGCUGAACGAGGCCUUGUUGGAGAGGGAGUCGGUGCAGGCGAUGAAGGGCAGAUCCACCUAUCGACUCUCCAUGCGCUUCAUCGACCCCGAGAUGGAGACCCGGUACUCCGUGGAAAAGGAGAAGCAGAGCGGGGCGGCCUUCAGCUGUUCCUGCGUCGUCCUCUUCUUCACCGCCCUCGUGGAGAUCUUCAUUGAUCCACAGCUGAUGACAAAUUAUGUGACGUUCGUUGUCGGGGAGGUCUUGCUGCUCAUCCUUACCCUCUGCUCUCUGGCUGCCAUCUUCCCCAGGGUUUUCCCUAAGAAGCUUGUGGCUUUUUCCACGUGGAUCGACAGAACGAGGUGGGCCAGGAACACCUGGGCCAUGUCUGCCAUUUUCAUCCUCACCAUGGCGAACAUUGUAGACAUGCUCAGCUGCCAGCAGUAUUACAAAGACACCUCUUACAACAGCACGAUGCAGGCACUGCUGGACGGGGGCUGCGUAGAGAACCCCAAGUACUACAGCUACAUCACCGUGUUGGCGCUCAUCGCGACCAUCAUGCUGGUGCAAGUCAGCCACAUGGUGAAGCUCACCCUCAUGCUCAUGAUUACCGGUUCGGUGGGAGUGGUCAACAUCGUGGCCUGGGAGCACAUCUUCGACAAAUAUGAUGAGGAACGGUUCCAAGAGAGCAGGUCCUCACUGAUUCCCUCCAAAUAUUCAAUGACAGCGAUGAUCUUAGUGAUGAUGCUCAGCUUCUACUAUUUCUCGCGCCAUGUGGAGAAGUUGGCCAGGACUUUAUUCCUGUGGAAGAUAGACGUUCACGACCAGAAGGAGCGGGUCUAUGAGAUGAGGCGCUGGAACGAGGCCUUGGUCACCAACAUGCUGCCAGACCACGUCGCUCGACACUUCCUUGGCUCAAAGAAGCGGGACGAGGAGCUAUACAGCCAGUCUUACGAUGAGAUUGGCGUCAUGUUUGCGUCACUCCCCAACUUUGCUGACUUCUACACAGAGGAAAGCAUCAACAAUGGCGGGAUCGAGUGCCUGCGCUUUCUCAACGAGAUCAUCUCGGAUUUCGACGCGCUCCUGGAUGAUCCUCAGUUCCGGUGCAUCACCAAGAUCAAAACCAUUGGCAGCACCUACAUGGCAGCUUCUGGAGUGACCCCCGACGUCAACACCAAUGGCUACAACAAUGCUGUUAAGAAGGAAGAUCUUUCGGAAAAGGAGCGCUGGCAGCACUUGGCAGAUCUUGCCGACUUCGCCCUGGCCAUGAAGGAGACACUGAUGAACAUCAACUAUCAGUCCUUCAAUAACUUCAUGCUGAGAAUAGGCAUGAAUAAGGGGGCAGUGCUUGCGGGGGUCAUUGGUGCCCGCAAACCUCACUAUGAUAUUUGGGGGAACACUGUGAAUGUGGCCAGCCGAAUGGAGUCCACAGGCGUCAUGGGGAAUAUUCAGGUGGUGGAGGAAACCCACUUCAUUCUGAAGGAGUACGGGUUCCGCUUUGUGCGCCGAGGGCACAUCUUCGUCAAGGGCAAAGGAGACCUCUUGACCUACUUCAUGAAAGGCCGCGAGAAACAAGGAUCCUUCGUCAACGGCUCUUGCGUGACUUUGCCUCACCAGGUGGUUGACAGCUCAUGAUACCUCUUGGGCCUCGCAUGUGUCCGUUGCAGAAAAGGGUGGGUGCCUCUUGCGCUGCCCAAGGAGGCGCAGUUCUCGGCACCUCCUACUCCAGGUGGGAGACUGAUAUACACACCACUAACACCAUUAGAUUUACAGGAAACCACCCCCUUCCCUUUGCCUGUUCCUUUCUUCUUGGAGGGUUAUUAUUUGUAAAGGGGCUCCCUCUGACAGCAGUGCCUGCCUUUGCCUCGCGACGUCGACUGCAGAGGAGUAGGGGGGGGGGUCGGUGGGAGGAGUUCCUGCCUCUUGCACAAACACACGGGCUCUUGCACAUUUGGGUCUGGAAGCGGGAGUAGAAUUUCCAGUGCAGCAUCGCUUGAGUAGGAUCAACCUUUGCUACGUUACCUUUUCCUAGUCCAAGAAAGGGGCAGGGGAUAUGGUCUUAGUUUUCCACGUGCCUGGCCUCUGCAUAGAGCUUUCUGCUGAAACGAAUGCCCACUCAGGGUGGGUAUUAUGGCAAACAGGCUGGGAGAGAAAGCCAAAUGAGAUUCACAGUCGGGUCGUUGGUUCUUACCUUUGGAGCUCACCUUUUGCCACAAAACCACUGUAGGUAAGUAGGAGGAAAAAAAGGGGGAGGGGAGAGAGAGCAAGUGCAAUCUAUUUCUUUUGAGACUAAGAAGAUGUCCUAUUUCAGAUAUAUAUAUAAAUAUAAAUAUAUAUAUAUAUAUAUAAAAGAUACAGAUUAACUUUAUAUUUUGAAUUGCGUCUUAACUCUGAGAGUGAGGUGGCUCUUUCAAGCCACGACUUGCAUCUUUUUUCUGCCCUCACCUCUGCUGAUGCUGUAAAAGAGAGAGAUUUAUAUAGCCUGGUCCAAGACUGUUUUUACACCUUCAUCCGAUUGUUAAGUUGAAAUACAACCUGUAAUUAUUUCUCUAGUUUCUCAAAUAGAAUCAGUUUGGUUUUAAAGUUAUAA